AGUACAGGUCGGUUGAUUUACAUGGUAUUAAUAUUUAUUAUUGAUGAGCAUCAAGUUGAUGACACGAAGCUACUCAUUUUUAGGAUUGAGAUUGUCAUUUGCUACUUGGAUUGACUGACAUAUUAAUUAAUUCAAAUAUACUCAUACUUUGGAAAUUCAACUCUUAAAAACUCAGUGGAGAAAUUGCAAAAUAUAGAUUUCCGUUGACUUUAUAUUAUCUCUAAUCAACGAUAUAGGUUUCGAUGAAUGCUCAUAACUUCGAUAACUCCAACAUCGGUAAUAUUUAUUAGGGAUUUAGGUGCUAUUUUAUUCCAACAUCGAAUAACAAUUAAAACAUGGUGUCAAAUUUUUAAGCUCCAAAUUUUAUUUUCAUACGAACUCGAUCGAUUGCUGCGUUUGAACCAUAAACAAUUAUACCAAGUGGGACGGGAGAAGACAUGCAGUCUCCAAGAAAUUGAUUGGUCGUUGCAGGGAGAACUAGAGGGCUAUAGACAUCAUCACGGCGAAGUGUUUGAUACGAAGACAGUUUUGAUAGUAUUUUAUACACAGUCUGAUGCACUUUUUUUUUAAAGAAAAAAUCGUAAAAUAUGGUGUACACUUGUUUUGUGUGCAAGAGGCGAGGGAAUCUAGGACCUCGAAGAUCUUUCCAUAAAUUUCCUUCAAACAAAGUUCAAAGGCAACAAUGGUUAGACAACAUUGGAAAAAGCGACAUGGUUGUAGGAAGUCGAACAACAAUAUGCUCGUUGCAUUUUGAAAACAGCUGUUUUCGUUAUGGGUUAGUCCGUGGUAAACGAUUAUUGAAAGAAUGUAGUCUACCAACUUUAUAUUUAUCAACAAAUAAAGAUUUUUGGAUCGAAGAAAAAAUCGAGGAUGAUUCUAUGACUUCAGUUAAAUCAAACACUUGCGCUACUUUGGCCAAAACUAUUGCAUCGUCGUUGUCAGAUGAAAAUGAAGAUUUCUGGAUCAACGAAGAAAUUGAGGAUGAUUCUAUGAUUUCACGAUCAGUUGAACCCGAUGCUUACGCUACUUCAGCCAAAAUCAUUGUGCCGUCGUUAUCAGAUAAAACUUCUAUCAGCAGAUUGGCCAUCAAACGAUCUGGAGAAACCAUAGAGGGUGGAAUCCCAAUCCUAAACAAAUUUUUGAACAGUAUGACUCGGGAAAGAUCUAUUCAAAGUCAUUUGAGCAAUACUACUGAUGCAAACAUCCUACAGGAUCUAUUGAAUCAAAGGAAUGCAGAAAUAUUAUCAUUACACCGACAAGUCAAGAGAAUGCAGAGAAAAACAUUAAGUUUGAAAGCUGAUAAUAAUAAGUUGAGACGGAAAAUGAAGCGCCUUGAAAAUGAAAUCAAGCCACUGAGAAAAAGUGUGAUUAUUACGCAACAAGUAUCAAAAAAUAAAAAUGCCAUGCAAUAAAUAAAAAUUUCACAUGAUUUAUUAUUUCACGGCUAUUGCUGUAGAAUUAUUUUUUUAAAUAUAGUGUUGAAUAAAUUGUAGCUGCCCCAGUAUGCAAAAUACAGAGGUAACAAAUUAUUAUGCUUACUGGAUUCAGGGUGUGUGGUCGUUCCAAAUUUAUUCCGUAUCCAUAUAUGGUAAAUAAAAUGAAUUAUCAAUAGAACAAUCAUAGAAAAGUCGGUGAAUUUUGUCAAAUUAAUAAUUA